AUGGCAGACCUUCUCCACCACUCUCCUUCAUUCUUCAAACCGCCCCAAAACUCAACCAUCUUCGCCAUCAGAGACUCAGCAAUCAGAAACACCUCACAUCCUCUUUGGUUCCUCAAAACCCUCCUCCUCUACCACACCACCACCUACAACCCCUUCUCCUUCCACGACCUCCUCAACAUGUCCCAAGGAACCUGCCUCACAACUCUCCUUCGCCACAAAAACAUCUCCCUCACCAAAGUUGACCGUGCACGAAACUCCGUCGAGAUUAACAACGUGACUCUCUUGAAGACGCUCGUGCCUGAUGAGCAUCUUGAAAUUGAUGGGAUUCUGGAUUUCGUGACAGGCAUGGUUGUUAAUGGUGUUGAGAUUGUGGCACCUGACAUGAUCACUUCGGAGAAGUUCGUGUUUCACCUCUACCAUUUUAUUGACACUAAAGUUUCUGGUCCAGUACAGAAUGAAUCGUUGACUAAUUGA